UUAUAGUUCAAUGUAAAAACCCUUCUUGUUUGCCUAAAACCCUCACAGACACAGCAAGCAAUCGCAACGCCACCACCAUCACCAUGAGUCUAAUAGCAGGCUCAUACGAGAAAUUCAUAUGGGGCUUCAAGCUCAAAUCCCUAAAACCCAACCCUGAUUCUCAAUCCCUAACCCUAACCCCACUCUUCUCCUACCCCUCCCACCUCUCCUCCAUCACCACAGUUGCCACCGCUGGCUCUGCCGCGGCCUCCGGUGGCUCCGAUGACACCAUCCACCUCUACGACAUGUCGUCCGCCACCUCCCUGGGCUCUCUCCACGACCACUCCGCCACCGUCACCUCCCUCUCCUUCUUCACCCCUCCCCAUCUCUCAUUUCCUCUCAACCUCGUCUCCGCCGCCGCCGACGGGUCGUUUUGCAUCUACGAGGCCGACCCCUUUGUCCUCCUCAAGAGCCUUAAGCCCCACAGGAAGGCCAUCAACGACGUGUCGUUGCACCCUUCUGGGAAGUUGGCUCUGACCGUUGGAAAAGACGAGUGCUUGUCGAUGAUCAACUUGGUGAGGGGUAGGAGGAGCUUCUAUUGCAGGUUGGGGAAGGAGGCUAGCUUGGUGACCUACGAUGGUUCUGGGGAUAAGUUCUAUAUGGCUAUGGAAGACAAGGUUAUGGUUCAUGAGGCUGAGGAUGCUCGGUUGCUUUGCGAGUUGGAGAAUUCAAAGCGAGUUCUAUGCGUCGAGCCCGGCGAGAACGGAGUUUUAUAUACUGGUGGUGAGGACCGCUGUAUUACAGCAUGGGACACAAACAGUGGGAAGGUUGCAUAUCGCAUUGAGGAUGCACACCCUGCUCGUGUGAAAGGAAUUGUUGUGCUUACAAGCAAAGCUGGUGCUGUAGCCGAUGAUGACCCAUAUCUUGUAGCAUCUGCCUCAUCAGAUGGAGUUAUACGCCUUUGGGAUGUUCGCAUGGCUGUUAAGGAGAAGCCAAAUCCAUUGGCCGAGGCUAAUACAAAAUCAAGGCUUACUUGUCUGGCUGGAUCAUCUCUUAAAUCUUUCAAACGGCCACAGAUUGGAAAAAGCGAUAACAAAGAGGAGCAUGAUGCAGUAACAGAAGGCGUAUAGGUUAUAACCAAAUCAAAAUGUCUGACCCAACAAAAAUUGGCUUCACAGUCUUUGUAAAGGCUUUAUAUGUGUGUGCCUGAGAGAUUCUUCAAUUGCUGAUAAACAGUAAAGGGAACUUCCAACUUAUCAAUUUUGUCGUAGAACUUGUUUGUAUCAAUGUUAGUUAAGUAUUGGUUAAUUCUGGGCCUCUUUGUAUCUCUGGAUUCUUUUCAAAUUUUCUGGCAAAGAGAUUCCCUUGUGUAAUCCAGAGUUUUGAGUAAAUUGUAUGAAAGCAAAUGCAGAUCUCCCUUCGAAA